AUGGCCAGUCCCCCGGCAACCUUCAAGCCAGCAUUAAUUCUACAUGGAGGCGCAGGUGUUUACCAGCGCUCCAAGCUACCCCCAGAACUUUACAACGCUUACCACGCCUCGCUACAAUCCUAUCUGCGCUCAACCCAUGAAUUGCUCAAGGAUGGUGCCAGCGCCCUAGAUGCAGCCGUACAUGCGGUUUCUCUAAUGGAGGACGACGAGCUUUUCAACUGUGGCCGUGGCGCUGUCUUUACUACAGCGGGCACUAUUGAAAUGGAAGCUUCGGUCAUGGUAACCUCUGUCCGAGAUGACGACCAAUGCUCAGGCACAAUGAAACGCGGAGCCGGUGUGAUGGGCGUCAGGAAUGUUCGCCAUCCCAUCCGCCUUGCACGCGAGUCGCUUCUACGCACAGGGUAUAGCGUUGACGGCCAACCCAUACGGGAUGGAGGUAGUAUGCAUUCGCAACUUGCGGGGCCACACGUAGAGACAUUGGCCCGUGACUGGAGACUUGAGUUCAAGCCUGAUGAGUGGUUCUGGACGCAGCGACGUUGGGACGAGCAUCGACGUGGAUUGGAGGGGUUGGAGCAGCCGAUCAAUUUAAGUCAGGGCACUGUGGGGUGUGUUUGUCUUGAUCAGUGGGGGAAUUUGGCCGUUGCGACGAGUACCGGGGGUUUGACGAAUAAACUACCAGGUCGAAUUGGGGAUACGCCGACUCUGGGUGCUGGUUUCUGGGCGGAAUCUUGGGAUGAGGUGGUUGAUGAAGCUCUUGAUACUACUUCAUCCGGUUCCUCGCUUACGGGUAUCUUUGAAGAAGCGAGAAGCUGGUUAGGUGACUGUCUCCCUUCAUCUCUUCGCGGGGUGACCCCAUCAACCAUGUAUAACACACCGCAUCGACUCGGCCCGGGCUCUGAGAAGCAGUCACUACUUCACCAAAUGUCAUCUCAGCCCCGGACAAGGAAGCGAGCAAUAGCUGUAUCUGGCACAGGCAAUGGGGAUUCGUUCUUACGCGUAGCGGCUGCGCGCACAACGGCCGCGAUGCUACGCUUCUCAACCCCAGGUCGAUUUCCAGAUUCGCUCGCCAAUGCUGUUUCUGCGGUUGCGGGGCCUAGUGGAGAGCUCCAGCGCUCGGCUGGUCCACGCUGGGAAAUUUCCGGGGAAGGAGAAGGGGGUAUUAUCGGUAUUGAGGCAGAUCUAACUGCUGGAGGUGGUGAUGGACUACUACGACGUGGAAAGGUCGUAUUUGAUUUCAAUUGCACUGGAAUGUGGCGUGCAUAUAUUGAAGAAGAUGCUUCUGGGAGAGAAGUUGAGAAGAUCAUGGUGUUCCGAGAUGAAUACUACUAG